AUCAGGCGAAACUUGACAGCUACAGAAACUGAUUCGUUAAGGGAAGAGGGUUUUGUUUCCCCUCAUAUGGUAAAAAUAGUCAUCGGUGAGGUUUAGAAGUUAAUUACUACAGAAUGCAUCCCAUUAUGGUGUCUAUUCCUUCUUUUCGAUCGGAGGACAACACGAUGGAAAAGGGGUAUACGGUCUUUAAAAUAGAGGUGUUGAUUCGUGGGAGACAGCACACAGUAGAGAAGCGAUACAGCGAGUUUCAUGCUCUGCACAAAAUGCUGAAGAGGAUUAUCAAACCACCCGAGAUCCCAUCUAAGCACGUGAGGAACUGGGUUCCCAAGGUCCUGGAACAGAGGAGACAUGGUCUGGAGCUUUACCUUCAGACUAUAAUCAUGGAGAAUGAGGUUCUCCCGAAGAUAUUCCUGGAUUUCCUCAAUAUCCGCCACUUUCCCUCACUGCCAAAAACAGAGAGUUGUGGGUCGUUUGAGACCGAGUCGGAGGAGUCGAGUAAACUGACACACCAGCCUGCCCUUCUCUUCCUGAGGGACCCGUAUCUACUUCCUUCCAACAAUGAUUCGUUUUCCAAUGUGGUCAUCGAAGGGGUGAUCCACGGAAUAUUCUACCCUGACCUUCAGCCGAGGUAGACCGUUCGCCCGCGCCUCUGUCUGGCUGACACGAAGGGAUCCAAGGGAACUGCACACUAAAUCAGUCAUCUACAUGUUUACUAACACUCUCAGAAUGUAAUCUUUCACCUGUUGUGUAUAACCAUGAGUACUACUGACUCCAUUUAAGGGAGUUUCACUGCAUACUGGAACUGUGUACUUUCACAAGUUGGUGGAGGAGACUCGUCAAUGUUAAUAGUGAGAUGUAAUAAUCUUUUAUUUUCUAUAUCACUUUAGUAAAUGAGGGCCACACGCAGGUGACACAAAACUUGGACAUUUUGUUUUGCCCGAUGUAUAGUUGUCAAACGUUUUAUUGUUCGAAGAUUUGUUACUGAAGAUGUGUCAUGAGAUUCAAUCAGUAAAAUUGUCAUUCUCAACUGUAAAAUGACGGUGAAAAUAUCUGAGCCAAUCAGAGUGGUGCUAGUUUAAAGAGACGCGUCUUAACGUUCGGUGGUUGUUUACCAGCAGUUUAGCUAAUAAAACUAGGUACUGCUACUUUAGUCCCGGUGAUGCUGUCCUGAGUGACCGCGUAACAGAUAAAUAUACCACGAAGACGUUUUGUAAUUUAAAUUCCUUCUCGGAGAAAGGAAAAUGUCAUUUGCUGUUGGGAUUGAACACGUUUAAAGACAAAGGCUUUUUGAACGCCAUGAGCCUUUGUCACGCAGCAUGGAAUUCGGUUCGUAAUUCGGUGACAUUUUUUUCCAAAAAAAAAAAAAAACUUACUGAUUGAACCUCCGGCAUCGAUCCAUCACGAUAGUCUUAAAGUUAAAGGGACAGUGGCCGUGACCUGCCUCGGAACAACGGGAUUCUCAACGUUUGUAGAUACAGAAGUAUAGUCAGUUUCCGUCGUGUUCAAUGUUUUGACCGAGAAGCUAACGACUGAAGGAAAUUCUAGGCCUUGAGAAUCACGUGCUAUUCUUGUUCACCCGUAAGAUGUAAGAUCUAUCCAAACCGGUCGUGUCGUUUUCCGUAAACUGACAGCUUUGAAGGAUAAAAGGGACUAAACACUUACCCAGUUGAAAUGCUUGUUCAUAUAUUUACAAAGCUGCCAAAGGGACUUGCCUCGGCUGGAGAUUCAGACGCUCUCAGCCCGAGCUUGUCCGUAAUGACCUCUUCUGUUCAUUUAUUUCCUUUUUGAGAAACGCGACAGACAUCCUGCAGUACUGGGUCAAUGAAGGACUUGAAUGAGUGGGCCAUGUCCAAAUUCACCUGGGUGCUCUCUUUCCUCAUAACCUCGCUCUCUUAAAUCAAGAGAUCUUCCUUCAACGUUCCCUAAGCUCACUCAGUUCUGUAGAAAUUCAGUACGAAAACAGCACAAAGCAAAGGAGACCCCGAGAGCAGGUUGGGCCAGGGCCCACUCAUUCAGACCCUUACUGGGCCCGGGUCUGACCUGACAUCCUGUAUCUGUGACCAGUGUUGCCAUAGGCUUUUUCGAGCUCUGACGUGUUUGUGUUUUUAAAAUGACGUGUGUCCAAGGCACUUUACCCCAUGCUAAAUAAUGAGCAUAAUGUGACAUUUUUGAAACUGAAAAGCAAUAAA